UUAUGUUUACACAGUUGACUUACAGCCAGCCGUUUGAUAACACGCCGGGCAGUCGCCAUUUUUAAAUUUCAAACAACAGAUUUUCGUGCUUCGCUCUCUGCCUCGCGCGUGUCAACACAUCCCAUCGGCCGCCGCUCAUCCGCCGUGUAACGGGGCAACGCAAAUGACAUUGCAGCCAGGAAAAGAGGUAGUAGUAUGUUAGGCUAACAGCGCAGUCACAAACAGCCUGCUAUGGGCCUCCGGGUGACCUGACAGCUCUGAAGUCGCCAACCCCCGUUGUUCAGCCUGCAUAUAAGGACCGGUGAAAGGAUGAGGCAGAGAUUUUUCUCUCUCCUCGCCAGGUGAAAGGCCGUCUCCCGGGUUUGUGCGUUUGCUGUGGAUGUGCGUGACUUGGAACGUGUGAAUCUGCUAGUUGCUGAUUGACGUCCGGGCUCUGAUAAUAAGGCAGAUGGCUGUUUAGCGAGGGCGCUUCCGUAUUCAUCUCUACGUAAUAGAUCUGCUGACGUCAACAAUGUUUUGGAAGUUUGACUUGCACACAUCCUCUCAUCUGGAGGCUUUGCUCGACAAGGAGGAUGUCACCCUCGCCGAGCUCAUGGACGAGGAAGACGUGCUGCAGGAGUGCAAGGCCCAAAACAGGAGACUCCUCCAGUUCUUUUGCCAGGACCAGUGCAUGCAGGAGCUAGUUCGCCUGAUUACCACAGAGCCCCCUGCUGGCGCAGAGGAGACCAAGCGCUUCAAGUAUCCAAACAUAGCAUGCGAGCUGCUGACAUGUGAUGUAGGGGUGAUCAAUGACAAGCUUGGCAAUGAGGAGCCUCUGCUCGAAAAUCUGUACGCUUUCCUGGAGCAGCCGUCCCCGCUUAACCCCCUCCUCGCCUCCUUCUUCAGCAAGACGAUUGGGAAUCUAAUAGCACGGAAGACUGAGCAGGUGAUUAGUUUCCUGCGAAAAAAGGAGGGAUUCCUUUCACUGGUCCUGAAGCAUAUAGACACGUCGGCCAUGAUGGAUGUGCUGCUGCGCCUUAUCAGCUGUGUGGAGCCGCCUCCUCUUCGACUUGAGACUCUUACUUGGCUGAACGAACAGAAACUGGCUCAGAGACUCAUAGAGCUCAUUCACCCUGAGAGAGAUGAAGAGAGGCAGACAAAUGCCUCUCAGACUUUGUGUGACAUCAUCCGUCUCAGCAGAGAUCAGGGCAGUCAGCUGCAAGAGAUUUCCCAGCCCGACCCUCUGCUGGCUGUGCUGGAAUCGCAGGAGUGUGUGGAGCAGCUACUUCAGAAUAUGUUUUCAGGAGAGAGGACUGAAAGCUGCAUCGUCAGCGGCAUUCAGGUUCUUCUGACUCUGUUGGAAAUCCGCAGGCCAGUGGUGGAUGGCGUAAUGGAUGCUCAGGGGUUCGAGAGAAGUUACACCGUUAACAGCAGCAUUUUGUUGGCUAUUCAACCACAUCUGACACACUUCCACCAGCUUCUCCUGGAGCCACCCAAGCGAGAUCCCAUGCUGACUACUCUGGGCGUGCUGGAGGAACCACUGGGGAACACGCGUCUGCAUGUGGCCAGACUCGUGGCCUCUCUGCUCUACACCAGCUCUGCCAGCCAUGCAGUCGUAGCACAGGAGCUCUGCAGGCUCAAUACAAUGGACCUCCUUCUGGAUUUGUUUUUCAAGUACAUCUGGAACAACUUUCUGCACCUCCAAGUGGAGCUUUGUGUCGCCGCCAUCGUCCGGCCCUGUGCCCACGAAAUGAGGCUGCAGCCUGGCUUUGAUUCCCAGGAUGCAUCCAAGCCUUCUCAAGACGUACUGCAAGAUCAGAAUACAAGCGAGGCCCCGACUUCUGAGCCUUCACUCUCCUCUGAAAACUCUGCCCACAACUUAAUGGUGACUCAUUUGUUCCAACACUGCCACCUUGUCCAGAGGAUUUUGGAGGCUUGGGAAGAGAAUGAUAAAAUCCAGUCGGAAGGCGGCAUGAGAAGAGGCUACAUGGGACAUUUGACCAGGAUUGCCAACACUGUGGUGCACAACCUGGAAAAAGGCCCAGUUCACACCCAAAUCAGCAACCUCAUCUCAGAGCUGCCAGAUGAUGAUAGAGGGCGCUGGGAAACCUUUGUGGAACACAUACUGUCAGAGACUAAUAGAAAAAACACCAUAGACCUGGUUGGAUCUGGAAACCCUCGAUCUUCUUCAGAGGAUGACAUGGAGAGCCCCUUCCCUAAGGAGCUGACAAUGCAGCAGGCCUUUUCAGACUAUCAGAUCCAGCAGAUGACGGCUAACUUUGUGGAUCAGUUUGGCUUUAACGACGACGAGUUUACGGAUCAUGACGACAGCAUCGGUGCAACGUUUGACCGGAUUGCAGAGAUCAAUAUCAACAUUGAUGCAGGCCAUGACACAGCUAACACAGCUGCGUUUGAGGCCUGUUCUAAGGAGAGGAUCCAGCCAUUUGAUGAUGAUGAUGAGGACAUAUGGGAGGAAAAGGAAACCAACUAUGCAACCCAAACCAAGUCAAGGAACAGGUUUGGUGGCUCCCCUUCCUCCCAAAGCCAAGCAGCCAGUCAGACAUGUGACAGGACAGCAGAUUCCAGCACCGAGGUUUCUGACAGACCCGCAGACUCUGAUUCGGAGGAGGAAGACAAUAAAAAUGAAUUUGAUCCGUUUUCGAGCCAGGGCCAGACAGACGCACCUCCAAGCUCUGACUGGGUUGCAGACUUUGGAGAGGUGAACUCAACAGCUCCCGCGGCUGGAGCAGCGUUUUCUCCCUGGGAUGCUCCGGUCUCCCAGCCGGCUGCAGCUGAGACGGAGGAUAAGGGCUGGGCAAAGUUCACCGAUUUUCAGCCUUUCUGUUGCAGCUCGGAAACAGGCCCCAGAUGCAGCUCUCCUGUUGACUCUGAGCUCAGUGGGUCGGACGGCACCAAACCAAACCCAAACCCAUGUGUGUGGAGCGCUUGUGUGGCAAGAAAAGCUCCACUUGUGGCAUCAGACAGUUCCUCCUCCAGCAGCUCAGGCAGUGAUGAAGAGGAAGGAAAGACGGAGUCCACCUCCAGCGAGACUGUCACCACAGAGACCAUCACCACAGGUGCAGGGAAGGAGACUAUCCGGCUGACUGUGGAUGCCAAAAACGAGAGGGCAGUCUUUACAAGAGUUUUCCGACCUGCAGUCAGACGUGAGGCAGAUAAGGUGCCUAUAGAUGGACUCUCAAUCAAGGAAAAGGAGAAAGACGGAGACAAAGAAGAUGAAAAAGAAAAGAAACAUGGAAACGGUUCCAGCACAGUCACAGCCAGCCCAGCUAAUCAGUCGGCUGCUGUCGCACACGAGAUGCAGUCUCCUGCAAACGGACCGGCCUAACGACGCGGCACAGGCUCACUUUUUCCAGAUUUUCAUUUUGACGCGCAGCCAUGCCCCCUUUUUGCUUCCGGUUAGCAGCACCCCUUUUGUUGUGUCUGAAGACAUGUAAGUGAAUAAAGAUCCUCUGUUUAGGGGGUCAAACAACAUUUAUGCUGGAAAGCAGGCAUCCACACAUGGGUAAUAUCGAUGUCUCCUGUGCGCCUUCAUGACAUAAUUACAGCUGAAGAGCUUUGAGGCAAAAAUGUGUUUUGUAGAGCAUUUCAUUGUGCCAGAAAACCCAAUUCAACUACUUUUAAUUCAGAAUCUCAGAUUAGUUGGGUCUGUCUAUUUUUCUGCUCAUAAAAUCAAGCCACAAUGACUUUCUUUUUCUAGCACAGUAUUUGACUGUUUACAUUUUAGUAAUGAGAGCUGCAGCGUAAUAAUCAGCCAAGAAGCUUGGCUAGUUGCCAUUUUCAUCACCACUGACUUUAGCAAAUCAUGCACAGACAUUUUAUUAGAAGAAAUGUAAGUGGUAAUUAUUAUUUUUCUUUUUCUGCUGCUUCAAUUGUCCUCAGUCUGUUUUCAUUAGCUGGUAUCACUCUGGGAAAGAAAUGGUCUUUGUUUGCAUUUGGAGUAUUGGAUUUUGAGAGAACCAUGAUUCACUUCUGAAAGACCCAUUAUUGAGUUUUGUGUGUGUGCGUGUGUGUGUGUGUGUGUGUGUGUGUGCGUGUGUGCUUUGCAUACAUGUGUUUGUAGACAUGUGUUUUUGUGUGUGUCGAGCUCUGUCUACGUUACAGAGUGUAUUCUCAGGUUUUAAGGAGAGGUAUGCAGAUACAAAGAAAGCACACCUGUGUAACACACACUUACACACAGCUCCAUACACACAUGUAUAAACAAACGUAUUCACUAACACAUGCAAAAAAACAAAAAAAAAAGAUUUAAAACUAAAAAAAAGAACACAUGGCGAUGAUGUGCACAUACCCGUUCAUGCCACCCCUCAGAGGUGUUUCAAUGUAAUAUUGUGAAUUUUGAACCUGUAUUAGGUUGUGGCUAUUCUUGGUAACAUGUAAACGUAACAUAAAUGUAAACAUUAUAUAUACACAUUAUUAUAUCUAUUUUUGGAAUAAAUCCGAUGUAUGGAGCCGAGGUCGUUUUUGCUGGAUGCCGCGUGUGCGAGAGUGUAUUUAUGUGUGCGUGUUCUGUUGAAAGGCAAUAAUGACGUCCGUUUCCUCUGUUGACGCGCCAGCAUCAGUUCCCGUUUCUUUGCUACUUGCUUCCUAUGUGGGGAAGUAUAGGACUGAGCAUGUGAACGCAUGUCAGUAGUCUGCAGGAUGUCUUCCGCUAAAACUCUUACAUAAAAUAGGAUUCUGGUUGAUUACAACUCGGGUUCUUUGCGUUAUCACGUCUCUGACUGAAACUUAGUUACUCUGUACUCCAAAACAAAAAAUCUAACCAAUGCUCAAUUUGACCUGCUUCUCCCUAUUUGAAUAUCUUUGGUUCAGGUUCUGGUCUCUUCUGCCAUUUAGUAAUUCUGUACCAGACUGUUUCUUUGUUAAUUCUUGCCUUCUCUGGCGGGAGAAUUUAUACCCACUUUGACAACUAUUUCAAAUAGUUUUCAAUGUUGUACUCAUAAGCUACAGCAAGGAGAAGGAGGGUUAUAUGGCUCAAAAUAAAUCAAGUUUCUGUUUAGAUGCAUAAUGUCAUAAUCUGUCAUAUAACUCAACCAAUAAAAUUUACAAUUGAAUACAAAAGUUUUUUUUAUGUAUUAUACAGUUGAAUUAAAA